UCAUAAACUUUACAUUAGUGGGCGGAGACUUUAAGCUCCACUUUACCCAAUAACCUGUCAGUGACGUCUCCUAAUUAACAGAGAGCUUCAACCUGUGAGCUGCAGGACGAGUUGCAUCAGAAACUUUCUUUCGGUGAGAAGAUUGGGAUGGAGUGGCGCCAACAGAGCAGCGUCAGCUGUGAAGACGCCUUCGACGAGGCUCAACGCUGGAUUGAGGAAGUGACUGGAAAAUCCUUCGGUUGCAACAACUUCCGUGCCGCACUGGAGAACGGAGUCCUGCUUUGCGACCUGAUCAACCAGCUGAAGCCUGGCAUCAUCAAGAGAGUGAACAGGCUUUCCACUCCAAUCGCUGGCCUGGACAACGUGAAUGUUUUUCUGAAAGCCUGUGGACGACUUGGCCUUAAUGAGUCGCAGCUGUUUCACCCUGGUGACCUUCAGGAUCUGUCCACUCGGGUCACCCUCAGGAAGGAUGAAAGUCAGCGGCGACUCAAAAAUGUUCUUAUUACAAUCUACUGGUUGGGUCGCAAGGCUCAACUAAACACAUGGUAUGAUGGUCCUCAGCUUAAUUUCAAGGCCUUUGAGGGACUGUUGGGUUUAGCUUUGUCCAAGGCCUUAGAAGAGGGCAGUAAUGUGUGUGUGAAAGAUGAAAACAAGGAUCGCCGCUCCUCAGAGGGUGAGGAGUGUCCUGACAUGCGUUCUGCUACAGUGAAUGCCGUGGAUGGUUUUGAGUCCCUGAACACUCACACCAGCCGCCUACCUGAAGGUUGUGGAAGUGACUCAGAGGCAGAGCAAGUGUUCAAGAUGAACAGAAAGUUGUCAGCCCACCAAAACAGAGGCUAUGUCCGAUCACCACUUCUACGGGGAGAAGAGAACAACGCUGGGGGCUCUGGGAGCCCUCUGCCCAGGAGCAAAUCCCUCAGCGACAUCCCCAUGGUGUACUCAGUUUGCAAAACUUCAAACGGAAAUGGCACCUAUACUCGAGGACGGAACGCCAGCCCGGCGAGGUACUGGAGUCAAAACGAACCAAAGUGUGACGUUGCUGCCAAAGACUGUGAAGCUCAGUGGCAGGAAGACUUGACAAAGUGGAAGAAUCGUCGCAGAAGCACCAAGUCUGAACUCUUCAGGAAGUCCCAGGACAGGGAGCAUGUCUUCAACCAGAUGACCAAUGGGGCUGUGACGAGCCAUGUCUGUGAGCCUCAGGACGGUCCGAUGAAGAGAGACUCGUCGCCAUGGAGGCACAGUGCUGCUCCCCGUCCUUACGCCACCUCUCUUCCAUCAAAAUCCUUGAGCGCUGACCUCAGGCCUCACACUCGAGCUCUGCUGAUCCGCAGCUCUUCCACUGAGGAACCUUUUAACUCCCAAAACCAGAUUCGGGGAUCAUCAUUGGAUAUGACUACUUCUGAUGGGAGUGCCUUAGGACAAAAGCCCCAGUUUGCCUCCUUGGCUUCACGUGGAGCAAGAAUGACCACGCUUUCUCUAGAUCAACCUUUCACCUCUCAGACCCAAGUCGAAGCCCUGAACAGCCAGUCUUUCCACUCCUCAGCAGAACAGGCUCGGCUACAAAGCCUUUCCACAAAUCAAACCUCCUUCCUUGUUACGGUUCAACCAAGAAAAAAUGCAGUUAAUCAGGAUGGAGUUAAUGCUGCUGCUGAGAAUUUGCAGGAUCUGAUCCACAAAUCCCAGGAAGAGAAUCGAGCAUCCUAUUGGGGGGAUUCAGCGUUUGAUGGACGAGCUCUGUCAGCUGAUGAGAACUCCAAAUACUUAUCGUCAGCUGCACCAUGGUCCAGCUCAGCCAGCCUCCCCCGUGGUUACCGGCGGUCUGAGGGUUCCUCUCGUAUCUCCUCUGCUAUAACAGCUAGACCCUUUGGGACCAAUCAGUCCAGGCGUUCCUCACUACCGAGAUUCUACAGUGUUGAUGAUCAAGAUUUGCUGUUGAAAAGCGAGAAAGAAAAUUCUCCUUCAUCUCCCCAAGUGUCUCUGAAGAGACAGACUGCGGCUGCCAAUCUCAGGGGUCAGUACCAGGCGUCGAUCCGACAGAAGAAAGCCAAUCAGGCCAGGCAGAAUGGCUCGAAGCAGAGAGAAGUCAGCACAGUGGGUUUCUCCGAGCAGAUGUCCCUGCAGACCAGCAGCCUUCCCUGUCAGUCCUCCACUCAGAAACUGUCUCAGCCUUCUACAAACCUGCAGUGCUCAAACUACAAAAACUCUGCUUCUACCACACUCUACUCAAAGGUUGAUUAUAGUGACAUGAGAGUGAGCCUGACUCUUAAACCGAACAGUGUACCAGACUUUGGGUUCCAAACUCACUGGGAUUCCACAGGAGCGAGAGUAAAGUUCAUCCAACCUGGAAGUCCAGCAGAGCUCUGCCAGCUGUGUGUGAACGAUGAGAUUGUGGCGGUUGACGGCGCUGCAGUGGCAUACCUGACCUACAGCCAGUGGAAGGAGAGAAUGGCAUCUUCCUUGGAAACUGGGAGUCUAACCAUGGACAUUCGACGCUACGGGAAAAAGGAUUGGAGCACCAGUAGUGAUGGCCAUCCUAACCAGCCUGGACAAAGCAGGAAAACCCUCAAUCUGACUGCUGCAGCACCCGUCCUCAUCGGUUACACCGAUCGCCAUGCCAACGGUGUGGCCCGUACUGAAACUGCAGACAGACAAGGAUCUAAAUUUAACUGGCAGACGGAUCAUGCAGUGCAGUGUAAAGACACGGAUGGAGCCCUUUCAGGAAACUUCCAUUCCUCUAGAGGCAAAGACUGCAUUAAUGUUGCUAAGACAAAUCAGAAAAGAAGGGCAGACUUUUUCAAUCAGACAGGAGGCUCUGAGUCUGCAAUAUCAGAUCUCCAGGUGCCCUCCCUGAGUUUGUCCACCUCCAACUGGUUGUGGGACCGAGAGGAGGAUCGCAGGCGGCAGGAGAAGUGGCAGGAAGAGCAAGAGCGCCUCCUACAGGAGCAAUACCAGCGAGAUCAGGAGAGGCUGGAGGCCGAGUGGCAAAGGGCCCAACAGGAUGCACUGGACGGAAGGACCUCACAGGAGAAUACGUUGGAGUUGCCCAGUGGUCCUGAGAGGUUCACCAGUGGUCUGUUUUAUGUGAACGGACUGACAAAGAAGAGCAGAGAAGAUGAGCGGGGUCCCGACCAAGACCAUUUGAAAGAAGCGGAGCUAAAAGUACAGAACAGCAGGAAUACAGAAAACUGCUGGGCUGAGGGCUCCUGUGGUUUCGCUCAGCUGUCCCCUGCACACAGGGCAAUGUCUUUGUCGACACAAGCAUUAUCCGAGCCCCACAAGCCAACCAGAGUUGAUCAGAGAAGAUUUGGGCGUUCCUUGUCUAAAGCUGAGCGAGAGAGGCAGCAGAUUUUGGAAGAGAUGAAGAAAAGGACUCAACUUCUGACAGACAACAGCUGGAUCCGUCAACGCAGCAACAGCUCCCACAAGGAGCCCAUCGAUGUUGCUGCCUGCAUGAAGAGAUACGAGUCUCUGGAUAACCUGGACAUGUUGCGUCAUUCCCCUGAUAUGGCUGCAACAUUUACAUACCCUCGCCCACAUUCAGUUGCCGGCGGUUACGGCAUUCCAACGAGGAACGCAGCCUCUCGCUACAGCACUGGAUCCAUGUCGUCUCAGAGAAAUAUGUACACGGACUCCUCUCACCUUGCAAGUGCGUGGGCUGCCGCCGACAUCUCGGAGGAACAGAGACGGGAGCCCAGGUCCAUGUCAGAAACAGGAAGCCCUACUGUGAUCACUGCCAUCUCCUACUCGGGUCCACUGGUACUUUCACCAUGUGACCAAGAUGAUCUCCAGAUUAAAGAGUAAAGAGAACAACCAACAGUCACUCUUGAAGAAAGUGAAGAUCCUACCAACAAAGCCAAUCCAUUACUUUGUUUCCUUAUUUUUGAUUCAAAUAAGCUUAGAAAUUGGUACAAAUUCAGGAAAAUUUGACUAAGUGUCUUAUUAGCUGUUUUUAUCAGGUUGAUUCAAUUUAGUUUGAAUGUCCUAUUUUUUGUUAAUUUAACAGAAAAUGUAGAUUUGAUAUAUUCACUGUUAAAAAUCUUUUGGUUUUAUUUCCUUUUGGAAGUUACUUUUGCUUUUUAUCGCAUCAGGGGUGUUUGUUUUUUUUCCCCAGACUUAAUUUAGCAUUUUUUAAAUAUAUCUGGUUUAUUUUGAGAUUCUUAUUGCAAUCCAGAUACUGAGACACACUUUAACAUUCACUAAAGCUUUUGUGUUCUGUUGUAAAGUCACAAAGUACACUCUGGGUUUGCUCACUUAUAUAAAUGUUUCUAAAUAAAACUUUUUCGUUUCUUUUUGUAAAUAAAGUCCUAAAUCCAUCA